AUGGCAUCGGAAACAGUGGAUCCCGCGCAAGCUUUCAUGGCGGAGAUAACUGACCGGUUUAAACCGUUGCAUGACAUAACUGCUCGCGGAACAUCCAGUGUGCAGCAGUUUUACAGCGGAGCUACCGUAUUCCUGACUGGAGGAUCAGGACAUAUAGGAAAGCAGUUGAUUGAAAAACUUUUAAGAGCAACAAACGUCUCUAAAGUGUAUAUCUUACUGAGAUGCAAAAAGGGAAAAUCUAUACAACAGAGAUUAGCGGACAUAAUAAAAGAUUCAUUGUAUGACACGGUUCGAGAGCACCUGCCAAAUUUUCCCGACAAAAUAGUUGCUGUGUCUGGAGAUACAUCCGAACUAAAGCUUGGCAUGAGUGAUAAAGACUGGCUCACUCUUACUGAUCAGGUGGACAUAAUAUUCCAUUUGGCUGCAACUACAAGAUUUGAUGAAACUCUCAAGGCAGCAACUUUCAUCAAUAUUCGUGGAACAAGAGAGAUACUUGAAUUAGGCAAGUCUUGCAAAAAAUUAAGAUCUUUUGUUCACGUAUCGACAGUGUACACACAUGCUUGUCCAGAUCGCAUGUACGGUGAAAUAUUGGAAAAAUUCUACCCAAGUCCAAUUAGUCCUAUUACAAUGAUUGGCAUAGCUGAAACUAUGGAUGAAAAAAGAAUAAAUGAUAUUAUAUCAAGUUUGAUAAAAAAAUGGCCUAACACGUAUACGUUUACUAAAGCAGUUUCUGAAGAGCUAGUUAACACAAUGGGUAAAGAUCUACCGAUUUGUGUGGUUAGACCGGCAAUUGUUGCGUGCACAAUACAAGAACCAAGUCCAGGGUGGUUAGAUUCAUCUUGUAUGUAUGGAGCUAGUGGUGUAAUUUUCGCAGCUGGCUUAGGCGUUUUACAUACUUUAUACAUUAACGAUCAAACUAAAAUGGAAGUGGUACCAGUAGACUAUGUAAACAAUACCAUACUUGCUGCUGCAUGGGAGACAGCUAGGACUAAAAGAUCAAUACUAGAAGAAAAUGAAAUAAAAAUUUAUACAGUCGCUCCGUCUACUAGAAAUCCCACUAGUUGGAGUACUUUAAGUGACACUAUGUGUGGAGAACUCAGAAAUAAGUAUGCAACACCAAUGGCGAUUUGCUACUGUUUUGCAUGGUUCACCAAUAAUCUUGUCCUUUUUUGGAUAUAUUCUUGGGUUCUUCAUAUCAUUCCUGCAUACAUUGCGGAUGCAGUUGCUUCUUGUUUUGGAUACACAAGGAGAUUUGCAAAAUUAGCUCAAAAAUUGAAAAAGAUGAGCAUAGCCUUAUCUUACUUUGUGAGAGGUCAGUGGAAUUUUGUGGACCAAAACACAUUGGCACUAUAUGACAGUCUGUCUAAAGAUGACCAGCAAAUCUUCAAUUUCGAUGUAGCGAACAUAAAUUGGCUUGAAUACGUAAUAAUAUGGUGUCUUGGUUUAAGGAAACAUUUUUGCAAGGAUGGUCUUAAAGACACAUUAUACGGGUGCAAAAAACAAGCUAUUUUACGCAUCGUAGCCUUCGUAGUACUACCUUUGAAUGUCACCGGCGACGAUGAGCUGAUGCGGAGCGAGGAGGACCGGGAUGUCGUCUCCUCCUUUUGCAAAGCACUCAUGCUAAGCUAUGGAGGAGGCGGGGAGCGUAGAGAUCUACAUCCUCCUUACAACCCAGUCGUCGUGAAGGACACUUCGGGCGUCAGGGAUGGCGAGACUAUCUUCGGCCACCAUAGACCACUCGAAGUGCAAGAGCAGGAUCAGGCUGGUUUUUAG